UUUUAAGGCUAUACUAUUGGCAGAAUCCUUUUUAAGUUUUUAAGGAAAAUUUUCUUUUUCUUGCUGCCCUGCCUAUAUUUGUACUCAUUCACUUUGGCUCUCCAUUGUGCAAAAAACAACCAAAGAUUCAAUCAAAAAACCCUUAUAUUUCAAUUCACAACGUGGAUAAGAAAACCCUUUCAAUUCAUGGUUCCAAAAGUCCAGGAUCAGGAAUUGGCAACAUAUAUUCUCUUUUUUUCCAAUAUACCUAGUUGUAGAUAAUAUUAAAAGUACCACCAUGUCAGCUAGAUAGCUAAGCGGCGAGCCGGUGACAAAGGUGAGGUUUCAACUCUCUGUGUGUAAAGUACUUAGUAUGAUGAUGAGUUUUAGUUCGUGUCAAAAACCGGUAAUCACGCAUCUCCUAUCAUUGGUUUUUUCUUCAUUUUCGAAAUUAGAGCAAUCCAAUCUGAAUCUACCCAACAUAAAGAUCCAGGCUUGAUUCUUGAAACUGUUUGCUUUAUUGUUUCUUUUGCUGUUCAUGGACAACUAUAAGGAAGUUGAAGGGAAAAGAGUCCAUGAUCAUCGUUUUGGCAAGAACACUAUGAGUACGUUAGCAAGGUGUAUAUGGGUGCCAUGCCCGGUUAUCAUUGGUGCUGGACCUUCAGGUCUUGCCGUUGCUGCUUGUCUCAAAGAAAGAGGUAUCCCUAGCUUGAUCCUUGAAAAGGCUAACUGUAUAGCUUCCUUGUGGAAGCUCAAAACCUAUGAUCGUCUUCGCCUUCAUCUUCCCAAACAAUUCUGUGAAUUACCCUUCAUGCCAUUCCCUGCAAAUUUCCCAACCUAUCCAACCAAAACCCAGUUUGUGGCUUACUUGGAAUUGUACAAGAACAGUUUUGGUUUAGACCCAGUUUUCAACAAAACCGUAGUGAGCGCAGAAUUCGACGAUCAAUGUGGGUUUUGGCGGAUUAAGACAUUGGGGCUGAAACAAGAAAAAACCGAGUAUGUAUCUCAAUGGCUCAUUGUUGCUACUGGGGAGAAUGCUGAUGAAGUGGUGCCGCGAAUUGAUGGCAUGGAUGAUUUUGGUGGGCCUAUACUUCACACAAGCUCGUACAAAAGUGGCCUGUUGUUUCGUGGAAAGGAUGUUUUGGUGGUUGGUUGUGGGAAUUCAGGCAUGGAGGUUUCUUUGGAUCUCUGCAACUCUAAUGCUCGCCCAUCCCUCGUGGUUAGAGACUCGGUGCACGUCCUGCCUCAAGAGAUGCUAGGCAAAUCAACUUUUGGUUUGUCCAUGUGGUUACUCAAGUGGUUCCCCGUGCGCCUCGUGGAUCGGUUUUUACUGCUCGUCUCUCGUUUCAUGUUGGGAGACACUGAAAAAUUCGGCCUCCAUCGUCCCGAAUUCGGUCCUCUCGAGCUCAAGAACCGAUCCGGCAAGACACCUGUUUUGGAUGUUGGAACACUAGCAAAGAUCAAGAGUGGAAACAUUAAGGUCUGUCUGGGUAUAAAGCGAAUAACACACCGUGCUGUGGAGUUUGUAGAUGGAAAGAAAGAGAAUUUUGAUGCCAUCAUCCUUGCCACCGGCUACAAAAGCAAUGUACCACAAUGGUUGAAGGAGGCAGAUAUGUUUUCAGAGGAAGAUGGUAUGCCUAAGGAGGCAUUUCCAAGAGGGUGGAAAGGUGAACGUGGGUUGUACGCAGUAGGGUUCACAAAACGUGGUUUGCUUGGUGCCUCCUUUGAUGCUAAAAAGAUAGCUGAAGAUAUUGAGCGUCAGUGGAAAGCUGAGGCCACAAAUUUCAUGCCAUAUAUUCAUCCCCUCACCUCUUCAUAAGCUGAUCAUAAUAUGCAUCCAAAUUCACAAGUUAUUUCCCCAUUGAACUCGAUGUGAUUGUUUCAUGUACUUUGCGAACUAAAUAGAAUUGGGAAGUACGUAGCUAGGAAUUUGCAGAAGAUUACAGGAAAAAUAUUUUCCGUGUGAAUAUAAAAGAUGCAGCAGCUUUAGUUUGAA